GUUUCCGGAAGAUAGCCGAAACAUCAACGUUCACAGACAGAAUCAGUAAAUAACACAAUUUUAUGAAAAUUUGUAAGGAAUUUAAAUCAAACCACUGAAUCUACAUGGAAUAACAGAUCAAAUGCAUUGAUUGAAAGGGCCCCAAAGUAAAAUGUUUAUAGCGUGUGGUAUAUUUGAAUUACCUAGCUACUGUAGCUAGCUGGCUAACAUGAGCUAAACGUUACUGCUAUCUACAAAGUGUUUGUGAAUUAGCCAAUUAACUAGCUAAACGGGUUAAUUGAACAUGGCCAAAUAGCCGAAAUGGCUUUGGCAUGAAUUAAAACAAAUGUCUGUUCUUUUGAAAUUAUAUAGUUAGGUAUUGGCUAAGGACUAUAGCUAGCUACGUGGGAUUUCCAAAACGAAUACUUAAAGGUAGGUCGGUGCAAAAAGUAAACAGCAUAGCGGGUCAAUAUCCGCAACAACUAAGCGCGUUGAAGCCAAUGAUGUGUAUUAACCCUAGCCAAUGUCGCCAUGACAUCGCCUGUGGUCGGGGAUUUCAAUUGGAGAAGUCGUUUUAGCCUAUCUGCAUAGUGUACUGUCUUUGCUACCACCCUCUAACAACUUGAAGCGAACCCCCAUGCGCAGAUACUGUGCGUGACUGUAUUAGAACGUCUUGCAUCUCACUCGUUGCAAUAUCUGCGGUGCUGCUCGUGGCAACGUAAUUUCGCCGAGGAUGUUAAUGUGCAAAUAUUUAAUCUCUCCCUUGAUCUACUGCAGCAGUGUGAGGAUGUCGGGACAGAAGCGUCUGUGUGACUCCAGCGUCCCCUCUUCCUCGUCCAGUGCGUCCCCUGAGAAACGGAGGGAGCAAGAGGGAGGAGAGGAUGGGGGUCCAGGGGUCGGCUCUACUGCAGGAGGGACCACUGCUGUGGAAACAGUCAUCAAACUCGGAGGGGUUUCCAACUCGGUGAGAGAGCUGAAAAGUGCCUAGCCUGUAUUUCUCCUGCAUUUCUCCUGCUGUGUCUGUUUGUAGGUCUGUCUGCCUUUACAUCUGAUAGUUGUUAUGACUCGUCAGCAAUGUCAUUGAUUGUGUUGUUUCCAUCAUUUCAUUGAUAUCUUUCUCUUGUGCUCAGGAGGAACAGGAUGUCAAAGCUCUCCAGGUGAAGAACAGGAAGUUGGGAGAAUCGCUCGAUCAGAGACAGGUAUAUAUAGUCGGUCUCACUCACUCGGUCUCUCUCUCUCACUCAUCUCUCACACAUACACACACAACCCCUGUUUUCAUUCCAUACAUCGAUAAUACUCAACAAUAGGAUCGAUGCUUUGCAGGUGAUUGAGGAUGAGCUGAGAGAGAGGAUCGAGAGACUGGAGACUCGUCAAGCAACUGAUGACACCAGCCUACUGAUCCUGAACAGAUACUGGAAUCAGGUAACUAUUCAUUCAAAUAAUGAACAAUAUGCAAUUAAAACAUUGCACAUAGAUCAACAUUUGCAAAUACAACUAUUAUCUGUAUUCUGAAUAACAUCUACUUCACCCUUUCUCCCCUUCUCUUAGUUUGAUGACAAUGUGUGCCUGAUUGGAAGGCGCUACGAUGAGUCAGGAAGCGAGUCUGUGGAAACCCCGGCUGGAGAGGGGCGGAGCCUGAAGCCUGACACCCCAGAACCUGACGGCGACUCCAACCAGGAGAGAGUCAAAGACAGAGGUACAGUGGGAGAGAGAAAGAUAUGUAGAAAGGAAGGAGGGAAGGAUGGAGAGAGGAGAACACUAAGAGGACAGGAGUUGGGUCAGGAGCAAGAGACCGAUGAAGAGGGUACUCUGAAGAGUUUGUGACAGGGUGCCUGACACAAGAUGUAGAGCAGAAGAGUACAAUGUAUGGAGAUUGAUGAAAUAAAGCCUUUUUGGUUCAGAGUAGAGCACUGUUAUCUAUUGUAUGCCUAUUACAGGGAUGGAAAACGUUUUGGUGGGGGGGUAUAUUUCUCAUAUCGAAAUUAUUGACCGAGGACAGAAUGCCUCCCUACUUGUCCUACAAUGUGAAUACCAGAAUGAGUGCUUUAUCCAAUAUCACGUGUGACAGCUGAUAUCAGCCAGCCACAUCCCUAACCAGUCAUUAGCAUUAGCCCUACAUUAGCCUACUCAGCUGCUUCUCUCCGUCACGACUUUCUGCACAUCUCCAUCAGUUUUCAAAUGUAAUUUAGCUGUGAUGUCCAUCUGGGGUGUGCAGACAGUGAUGAGGCUUAUGUUGUUACAUUUGUUUAGUUAUUGGAGCGUCUCGCGGCGCGAGCGAAGUGGAUACAUUGUAUCUUUUAAUUUCACCUGUAAGAACAAGAGCAAAGGCCAGUCCGACUAGGCUUCACUAUCACGCAGCCUCUGAGUGCCACUACACGGAGCACAGUGCCAGUCGUGCUUGCGCCUUUACAUUUCUGAAAACCGGAUGUCUCUAGGCCAAACCACUCAAAAGUUAUACCUUCUCCCUUUUCUACCAGCGUUGGCGCACAUUUUAUAUAAUUCCAGAAACCAUGUCACUGUCCCCAAUUUGUCACUGACACAAAAAUUACGGAGGGCGCUGUACAUCUAAAUUAUAAAUCUCUUUCUCUUGUGUUUCUUUAAAUUCUGUUUGGUGCAUAACUUUUGUCUGAGAGUGGGAGAGAGAAAGAGUGUGGGUGGUGUGCCUGUCUGUAUGUGUGUGUGAGAGAGAGAGCGAAAAUGAGUGAGCGAGCAAGAGGGUGGGUGUGUGUGUGGUGUUUGAGGGAUGUAGGGAGGGAGGAAGUGGAGGUCUAUGUGUGUAAGGUUGUCUGAAGAGUAGGCUAAAGAUGGUUUCAUAGUGUGUUUAACCCCCUUACUGCCACAAGGAAAAUGCAGGUCAUUAUGCAUUUUCUAUUCCUUACUACAUUCCUCCUGCUAAAUCACAGGUAGGCCUUUGGAUAUGAACAAAUCAGGCAUUUUCUGCAGUAGCCUAUUCUAUUAUACAGUAAGCAGUGUGAAGUAAAAUUCAAUGGUUUGUAUUGAGUAGAGGUGUGAAUAUCAGGGACAGGUUUUUGUGUAGCAGACGUGCAGAAUGGUAUAGUGAUACUUGACCUGGUAUCACAUCAUUAGUAAAAUGUAGGUAUCGUGACAAUCCCACUCGGAAAAUAAGCACAUUUUCUUGUAAUUUACGCGUUUGCGCCCUCACCAGUUUGCAUCCCUGCUAUUUAAAAGCACCUCUUUGUCGCACUAUUCACAUAGGCUCAUUCCUGCUCCUUCGUGUUCAGUAGCCUAGCUCUCUUCUCUUUUGUUGGGCAUGUGAGAUCAAGUGCGCUAAUCAUUCAUUUGACUCUGGGGAAGUAGAUAAAGGGCCUCGUUGCCAAAAUCCCGAAGUAUUCCUUUAAGAAGUGUAAUAGACUACUGAGAUGGUAUUCAAUAAAGAAGUUGUGACAUCUAACAUGUCCAAGCAGCAAAACAUAUUUGGGUUGACAAUAAGGCUAUUUUUUAUAUAUACAGUACCAGUCAAAAGUUUGGACACACCUACUCAUUCAUGCACAAUUUUGUGCGCUUUGUAUAUUUGUUAUCAGAAAACUUUAUUGUAAAACAGUGUGCUUUGAGCUCAAUAAUGUUAGGUUCUAAAUAACAAGGUAAAAACCGACGGACGACUAGUAAAGCUCAAACCAAGUUUAUUCACCCACUGGGUCACACAAAGACAUGUUUCCACCAGCACAAGUGUAUAUAUACCCCAAUUUGGGUGAAGUAUCCUCCUUCCCUCUAAACAUUACAUGUUUAUUGCUAGGCAGGAAGUUAAGUGAUGCGGGCAAUAAACUUUUCCUUCUCCCUUAAUGUGACCUGACCUCAUUCCUCACUCCUCACUGAUCCACAGCUAUCCACCCUUAUCAGUGACUGCAACCAUGUGAUUACCUCCACCAUAUACAUUCCUCUUACAGAUAACCAUUAACUUCUGGUGUCGAAACCAGACUAUAGAACUCCUCAUUUCCAUAGGAUACUUGAUAAUUAACAAUAACAUGUUCUGCCAGUACUUACACGUCCUGCAUUCUUCUCUCUCCCUCUGUGACAUGAUUAAGGAUAUUUCUAGUUUAUAAGUCAGAACCCAUCAAUAACAAUCGUAGCUAAAUAAAAAUUAUACCUACAGAAAGCUGAGACCCUCGUCUCUUUUUAAUAAUUGCAUUUUGAAAUGAUAUACAAUCACUAGGGAGGCGAGAGAGUGUGAGAGGCUCGCUCAUUACAGCAGCCGGCCCCAGCGAAACAGGUAGGCACAGGAGUCAUGAGGAUAAUGCACUUUACUGUUUAACAAAUUCAUGGUUUUAUAGGAUGUUUUGAUUGAGGUGACCAGGUACAAUGUGCAGCUCGCACCAGUGCGACCAAUCAAACAUUUAACUCGCACAGCCAAGUUAAAGGGACGCAAAAUGCGACUAAAUGGUCACAGUCUGGAGCCCUGCCAUAGAUUAGGCUCCGACAUUGACUAGAAAUAAAUAUGAAUAACACAUUUAUUUGACUCUGCCUGCAAAUCAUCCCGACCCUAAAAGUAAUGCAAAACAUUAUAUCUCAAGUCAAGUGGAAGUGUCCGCUUUGCUGUUCUAUUUCGCCCGAACUCUGCUCUUUCAAACUACGUCUAGCCUAUUGGCUGAUAUAGCCCAAUAAUACCCAUAGUCUAAUAUAAUGUGCCACGUGAGAAUCGCUGAUAUUUAAACCGAUUUCUUAGGCUAUAUUAUUUACAUUUUGGGGGGAUCUUGUUGGGGCUGCAAAGCGAGCUGCAUCACAUACACCUAAAACAACAUUGUGGGACUGCGGUCGGGUUUGGCACCAGUUCUUGCGGGAGCAGGUGGGAGCUGGACAACAAGUCAGCGGGAGCAGUCGGGUGCGGUAUGAAAAGCAGUGGGAGCAGGCGGGAGCGGGAUGAAGAAAUCAGUCCCGCGGAGACCCUCAAGUUCAGAGUAGGAUUAACUCCUUUCUUCACCUUGUGGUUGUCCUCCAGGCCACCAGGGGGAGCCGACCACAUCCUUCCUGGCCACACUGGCCAGCAGCAGCAGCGAGGAGAUGGAGGCAGAGCUGCAGGAGAGGGUGGAGUCCAGCCAGAAGCAGGCCAACCGCGUGGUGGUGAUCUACGACAGCCUGAAGACCACCGUGGAGCAGCUAAAGAAGGACCAGGACUCUGGAGCAGGUGGCGGGGGAGAGAGAGGGGUUGGGGGGAAAGGGAGGGAGGUGAGAGGAGUGAGGGAAUGAGACGUGAAGGAGUGUAAGCAGUGAGGGUUGUGGAUAGGUGUGGAGGGUAGGGUUUUCGGGAUGGUGAGAGCAGCAAGGGUGUAAGUGUUUUUUGCCGUUUUGGAGCAGAAGGUGGUAUUGGCAUUGAGUUAGUUCCUUGAGGUUGUACCUUGUUGUGUGAGUCAAGAGUAGUAAUGUCAUGACAUCAUGUCUUGUAUUUCCAGAGGGCUCCGUGUGGCAGGUCGCCGCCCAGCUCAACACCCUCCUGUCCAAUGAGAACGACCGGCUGCGUCAUCUGACUGAGGACCUUCAGCAGAAGCACAGUCACAUGACUAGCGAGGUGAUUUGAUAUCUUGCAUCAUAACACGUCUAGUACUGAGUCUGUUUUAUUUAUCUCCCGCUACACUAUGUACAUUACUAAUGGAUCACCCCAGCGAUCAUAUUAACAGUGAUUCUGUUUCCCUGUUCAUCUGUAGUCUCGUUCUCUGGGCUGGGCAGUGGCGAGGGCAGACACGCGGGUCAAUGAGCUGCAGGGCCUCAUCGAGGAGCUCCAGUGGGACAUGGAGAAGAUCCGACGCAGAGAGAACCGCCUCAACACACACCUGGGAGAAAUCCUGGAGAGGGUAAGACUGCGGCUGUAUGUUUUUGUGAAUCCACGUGAGACUGAGUCCCUCUCUCUCUUUGCAGCAAUGUGUGUUUGACAGCUACUGUGGCCUAUGCUUACCAUUUUGAAAUGAAGUAUUUCUGUGUCAUUGUGGUUCAUAUACCACAGAACUAUAUCCAUGUGAAUGUAAAAGUGUUUAUUCCAUGGCCACUGUGUUAUUCCUCCCAGGUGAACAGUAAAGGCUACAAGGUGUGUGGGGAGGCCAGCAGUGUGUGUGGAACCAUUACCAUCAACAAGAGAAAGGUACAAAAACAUCCUCUUUGUUCUGGCAUUGUACUUGUCAGAAACUGCAUGGACCUGGAGUUAUAACUCUUUAAUUCUCCUACGCUCUUCCUCUCCUUUCCCCUUGCCCUCCUCUUUUUCUGCCUCCCCCCUCUCUUCUCCUCUCUCCCUGUCAGUUUGAGGAGAUGAACAGUGAGUUGGAGGAGAACAGGGAGCUGGCGGAGAACCGUCUGAGCGAGCUGCAGCGGCUGCAGCUGGACCUGCAGACGGUCAACCAGGAGAACAGCAACAUGAAGGUGAGCCUACAGAGCCUGACCCAGGGCCUGGGCCACCAGAAUCCUAUGGCUCUCUCCCCCAACCCAGCCAUUGGAUUACCUGAGGUCCCACGUCCUUACUCAGCCAACCAAACCAGUCAAAUGAAGGUAAAUAAAUAGGUGGAGGUUUUAGCUGCUUUCCCUGUUGCUUUGCUCACCACCAAUCUGUAUCUCCUCUCUCUCACUUCACUCCCUCUCUUUGAUCUGUCUCUCUCACUUCUCUCCCUCUUUUUGAUCUCUCUCUCUCUCACUUCUCUCCCUCUUUGAUCUGUCUCUCUCACUUCUCUCCCUCUUUUUGAUCUCUCUCUCUCUCACUUCUCCCUCUCUUUGAUCUCUCUCUCUCUCUCACUUCUCUCCCUAUUUUUGAUCUCUCUCACUUCUCUCCCUCUCUUUGAUCUGUCUCUCUCUCACUUCUCUCCCUCUUUGAUCUGUCUCUCUCUCACUUCUCUCCCUCUUUGAUCUGUCUCUCUCACUUCUCUCCCUAUUUUUGAUCUCUCUCUCUCUCUCUCUCACUUCUCUCCUCUCUUUGAUCUGUCUCUCACUUCUCUCCCUCUCUCAUGCUUUCUGUAUCUCUUCACCUCUCUCUCACUCCAUUUCAUUUUUCUCGUCCCCCUCUCUCUCUCCUUCUCUGCCUCUCUCUGUCAGGUGGAGUUGUUGAGUCGUGCUGAGGGGGUGGUGAGGGAGAGCUCAGAGUACCGCUGUCUCCAGUCCCAGUUCUCUGUCCUCUACAACGAGUCUGUGGGCCUCAAGUCUCAGCUGGACGAGACGCGCACGCGCCUCAACACCACCAGGACGGCACGCCUCCGACAGCUAGAACACAUGGAGGUGUGUUUGUGUGCAUGCGUGUGUGCCUGUGAGCGCGUGUGUCUGACUUAAGCGUCUUUAAUGGAGAAUGAUGUGUGUGAGUUUAGCAUCUUUAUUCAACAACAACGAGGGUGUGUAACCGCCUCUUGUCUGUGUUCCAGAAUGACGAGGUGUCUCUCCAGAGGAAGGUGCGUACCGAGGUGUUCCAGCUAGAGGACACUCUGGCCCAGGUCAGGAAGGAGUACGAGAUGCUCCGGAUCGAAUUUGAACAGACCCUCGCUGCCAAUGAACAAGCAGGUCCGCGUCUUCACCUCAAAUGAAAAUACAUCUGGCCUCACGCUCACCGGCUAGUGUUUAGGCACAGUUUCAGAUACUCCUUGAAAACCUCAUCUAUUUUCUUCCUCUUUUCUCUCUCUCUAUCCCUCUCUCAGGUCCUAUCAACAGGGAGAUGCGUCACCUGAUCAGCACCCUGCAGACACACAACCAGCAUAUGAAGGGAGAGGUGGUGAAAUACAAACUGAGACUGAGAGAGGCACAGACUAACCUCAGCCAGGUAAGGGAGACAGAGGGAGGGCAAGAGGGAGAUGGAGAGAGCGAGUGUGUAAGAGGCAUGAAGGGAGGGAAGAAGAGAGACUGUAAGGGAGAGAAGCCCAUAAAGAGAGAGAUUCUCUAUCUGCAAUAUUCAUCUGUGCAAUUCCCUCCUCUCGUAGGCUCGUACUAAGAAGGGCAGUGCUAUCCUCCAAUCACAAUCCAGUACGGAGCUGGACGUGAAGGUAGAGACCACCUCCCCCCUGACGCCCGCUGCCUCUGCUGAUGUCACCAUCAAGGUGGAGUCUGACAACGGUUCAGCCACACCCACCAGCACUAGUAAGUGUUAUUAAGUGUUAAUUAGCCAUUUAUUAACUAUUUAUUAACUCUUUAUUAACUGAUAUUCAUCCUCUCUGUAGGUACCUCAGUGAAGACAGAGCCUGGGACAGAGACAGAGGGAGGAAUCAAAGAGGAGAAAGAGAAGGAAAAGGAACGAGAGAGGGAGGGAGAGAGGCCAACACGUGGAAGGGGUGGGACCGAGGAGAAGGAGAAGGCUGGGACCAGCAACCAAUCGGAGGAGGUUGCUCCGGAGCGCCCUUCUGUGAUUGGAGGACCAAAGAGGAAGGAGGUGGAGCAACUGAAAAUUGUCGGGGCGGAGCUGAAGUAAGUUUGAUUAUGAUGACAGUCAUGAUUGAUGAUUGGGGUGAUGAUAAUGAUAAUGAGGAUAAUGAUAAUGUUGCUGACGAAGGCUCUGUCCCUGUAGGAAAGCCCAGGAGUCUCAGAGGGAGAUGAAGCUACUGUUGGAUAUGUACCGCUCUGCACCCAAAGAGCAGAGGGACAAAGUCCAGCUCAUGGCCGCUGAGAAGAAGGCCAAGUCAGAAGUACACACUUAGCUGACGCUACUUAGAAAAAAAGUGAAACGUGGUAGUAAUUGAUUGAUGGUAUAACAGUGAUAUAACCGCUGUGUGCUCUCUGUAUAUUGAGUUACUAUUGGGUGAUAAUAACCCAGUGAGCACAAGAUGUUGGAAAGCCAUAUUUUUAUCGUCUUUUCAACCAGAAAUGCGUAUUUUCAACCAGAAAUACAUAUUCUCAACCAAAAAUACAUAUUUCCAACAUAUUUUACUCAUAGGGAAGUGAUUUAUUGAUUGUGAUAACAGCUGUGUAUUCACUGUCAGGCGGAGGAGCUGAAGCAGCGUCUAAGGGAUCUGGAGGAGAGGGAGAGGAGGGAGGGGAAGAAGAUGGCCGAUGAGGAGGCACUGAGGAAGAUCCGCUCUGUCGAGGAACAAAUCAACAUCCUCAACAAGAAGCUCUCCCUGGCCAAGCAGGUGUGUGUGUGCAUUUGAGCAUCAUACUUUAGACUAAUUUCUCACACCAACAUUUCAUCCCACUUUGCUCUUCCAUCGAUCCAUUCUUUAACCCACUUUUCUGUCUCUGUCUACCACUCCCUCUUUACCACCCCUCCCUCCCUCCUUCCCUUCCACCCCUCUGCUACCCUCCCCUCGCUCUUCCUCCACUCUCUCUCCCACCCCUCCCUCUCACUCCUUUCGUCUUCACCACGCCACUAUCUCCCUCCCCCCUGUCUCUCCCCCUUCUCCCCAGGAGGAGGAUGCGUUGCUGAGUGAGAUGGACGUGACGGGCCAGGCCUUUGAGGACAUGCAGGAGCAGAACAUCCGGCUGAUGCAGCAGCUCAGGGAGAAGGACGACGCCAACUUCAAACUGAUGUCGGAACGCAUCAAGUCCAACCAGAUCCACAAGCUGCUCAAGGAAGAGAAGGAGGAGCUUGCCGACCAGCUGCUCACGCUCAAAACGCAGGUGAGAGCAGGUGAUUGAAACAGUGCAAUAAAGUGAUUUGAACAUCUAAAUGGUAGAUGCACAGUUCAGGGUGACUUUUGGGUCAGGGAAAGACAGUAACUUGACAGUAGCAAAUAAUGGAGCCUAUGUCUGGCCAUCUCUCAUUAUUUCUCUAUCACUCUCUCUCUCUCCAUCUCUCUCUCUGUCUUUCUCAGGUGGAUGCCCAGCUGCAGGUGGUGAGGAAGCUGGAGGAGAAGGAGCGCCUCCUCCAGGGCACCAUCGGUACUGCAGAGAGAGAGCUGGCUCUGAGGACACAAGCACUGGACAUGAACAAACGCAAGGUUGCAAAAACACACCUGUGGAAAAUGACACUUAUGCACGCACACACACACCAUGGACACACACACAUACACACAACAAGUAUAGAUAAGUACUAACACAAAGAACACCAACUUCCUUAAAAAAUGCCAACAUGCAAAGUACCUGCUUUCUGCACCCCCUCCUGGUCCCUCCUCCCCCUCUCUAGACCCAGGAGUCAGCGGUGCUGUCGGACGAGGUGUGUAGUCAGCUGGACCAGGUGCAGCAGAGACUGGGUACCGUCAGGGAGGAGGUCAUAGAGAACAGCAUCUCCAAAGAGAAGCAGUCCUUCAAUGCACGCCGCGCACAGGUCAGGCCACAAACACAUGCACACACGCGCCACAUUUUGUUAACUGUCCAUGUGCACGUGUAAACACAUACACACACACACAGACGAUUCAAAUCCACUUGAACAGAAUGAACUUUAGUUUAUUUACUGAUUGGAGCACCCGGCUGAACUCUUUUCUUCCUUCCCAUGCUGUGUUUUAGGAGGACAUCUCCAAACUGCGGAGGAAGAUUGAGAAGGCCAAGAAACCUGCCGAGACCGUCCGCAACGGAGACGACAUCCUCAAUGAGGAAAUCAACGAUUACAAGGUAGUCUGGAUGAACAUGCUUUUUACACCAGGUGUACUGUAUGCUUAAUAUGGGUCUGUAAAAAUGCCACUAUAAAGGUAAAGCUGGGCAAACACUACACGGUUUUAGCCUGAUCUACGCAUCCCGAUCAGCUCUCCGCACCUUUUUGCAAAUCGGAGGAAUUCGGAGCAAGCCUGGAGUAAAACCGGAGUAAAACGUAAUGCUGCAGCCUGUAAAGUGAAGCGCAUACCAGAUUUGCGGUUGAUCCCUGUCACGGGCUCCCGGGCACUUACGGCGUCCCGAUAAUUUUCAAACAUGUCGAAUAUAUUCGGCCUCAUCUGCCAUUAUAGCCAAGUGCGAGCAGUGCUCAAAGCAGAUGAGAGGCAGGUCCCAACGUCAGCCAAUCAGCUACUUAGAAUUAUAAAGGUGCUCUUCACCUACCCCACUUAGCUGGUCUGCUGGGGGUAUUUUACAAGUUGCAUUUAAACCUGUUCUUACCUCAAGCUCUUUUUGCAAAAUCGACAAUCCAUAUUGUCCUCUUCACGUUUUAUGGGUGAAACGUCCAUGCUGCAUCUGCAUGCCAACCAGCAGAUCCCAAUCAGUUUCAAUGAUGUAGGCUAAGUAACCUAACUACUGUUUAAUCCAACUUUAGAGCAAAGGGAGUGAAAAAGCUACACUUCCACAAUCAAAGCAUAUUAAGCCUAGUGGCGCCCGCUGUUGAGUUCUGGUGGCAUGAUCUUUAUUUUUUUUUGCCAUUCAUCACAAUCAUAAUAAUAUUAUGUCGAAAGUAGCCUAAUUACGUGGUGUUUUUGGUCUAACAUUAGAGCCUAGCAUACUAAUGAAUCAUUAAGAGAUCUUGCGAGACCUAUUGAUAUUGAACAAAAAAUCUAACAUUUAAACGAGCACCAUUCUGAGAAGUGGCGGAGCGUCGCGCACCGGCUGCACUAGAACCCUGAUAACAAUGCACAUAAAGGAACGCAGCAUUUUCCUCAGUUGCAAUGAUGUUUUCCUUAUUACACAUGCAUAAACCUGCCCAGCAAAUACAGCCAAUUCUGGCCCGAUUGUCCAAUCGUACUGCCGCGGCGGCGCCUUGGCAGAUUACUAGUUAACUAGGAUUUGGCUUGACUGAAUCGUUAAAUGUGAGAUGUUUUCUGAUGUGUAGGGCCCGUAGACCCAGCAAAAACCAUGUAGUGUAUUUCAGCCUUAACUAACCUGUUCUAUCAAUCUCUCUCAUCUCUCUCUCCAUCUUUCUGGCCUCCAUUUUUCUCUCUUUCCCCCUCUCUCUCUUUAACCCUCCAUUUCUCUCUCUUUCCCCCUCUCUCUCUUUAACCCUCUCUUUCUCCCUCCCCCAGGCGCGUCUGACCUGCCCGUGCUGCAACUCCCGGGUAAAGGACGCCGUCCUGACCAAGUGUUUCCACGUCUUCUGCUUCGAGUGCGUCAAGACGCGCUACGACACGCGCCAGAGGAAGUGCCCCAAGUGCAACGCCGCCUUCGGCGCCAACGACUUCCACCGCAUCUACAUCGGA